AUGGCUAGAACCAAGCAGACAGCGCGCAAAUCCACCGGAGGGAAAGCUCCCCGCAAGCAGCUGGCGACCAAAGCGGCCCGCAAGAGCGCUCCGGCCACGGGCGGAGUGAAGAAACCCCAUCGCUACAGGCCCGGCACGGUGGCUCUGCGGGAGAUCCGCCGCUACCAGAAAUCCACCGAGCUGCUGAUCCGCAAACUGCCCUUCCAGCGCCUGGUGCGAGAGAUCGCUCAGGACUUCAAGACCGACCUGCGCUUCCAGAGCUCGGCGGUGAUGGCCCUGCAGGAGGCCAGCGAGGCUUACCUGGUGGGGCUGUUUGAGGACACCAACCUGUGCGCCAUCCACGCCAAGCGGGUCACCAUCAUGCCCAAAGACAUCCAGCUGGCCCGCCGGAUCCGCGGGGAGCGCGCCUAAACGGAGCCUGGCCGGCCCUGCACAUUCACCCCGAGAGAGAGAGAAACACACAACGGCUCUUUUCAGAGCCACUAAACCAUCCAGAGAGAGCGGGAAGCGAUAGGGGACCUGAAAGCAUGACAUUAAUUUUUGGCGCCGCACUAAGUCAACUCUGUUAUUAAAUAUACUUUGAAUCGAGCCGAACUGGGGCAGUUAGUUGGAAGACACACGGCUUUCAGCGGCACUGACUAGUACAUUGCCAUGAUUGUUAUGUAAUUAUUACACUGUAUAUUAGGUAUUGGAGUGUUAAUUCCAAAUGAAAUCUCCUCUCCCCUGAUUGUCUCCCUGGGUCUUCCCACCAGCUGUAACUAUAUGGUCAUUGCUGAGGAGGCAAGCGGGAAAACAUGGCGCCAAAUCAUCAACCGUUUCCUUUCAAAUUUGAAAAUCCCGCCACGAUGUAGAUCAGAG